UACUGUAACCACAAAGAAUACAAAACAAGUUUCUGUGCAUAUAUAUGGGCGAGCUAGUGCGUGAGCAUUUGGUCUCUAGAGAGAGAGAAAGAAAUAUUGAGAGAGAAAGAGAAUCCAUUUCUGAGGUCUCAGAAUAAACCUAGGGUUUCAGUUUGCUCGCUACCUUCUCGCUUCGCUGUAAAGAUUUUGAGAAAUCAAUUGAAGUCUUUCUGAGACUUACACACCUUUUGAGCAGCGCAAGCCAAGCAUUCCUGUAUCCCGUUCUUCAUCUGACUAUAAAAACGAAACGCCACCAGGGAAUGCUGAAAGAUGUGCUUGCACGCCUCGACGACAAAGCCUAGGGCUGACUUGGCAGCUCCCCAAGAGCUCGCUGGAUUCAUCCUUGAUGAGAUUGGCCGGACCCACGACCAGUUUCGUGCCUACAAGCACGAUGGUUCCCUCAGCUUACAAUAUUCCACCUCUUAUAACCACGACGACGGUUGAACACUAAUCGUCCCCAACCUCUCGCUCUGUAAAUAUAUAUAAAUAAACAAAUACUUAGCGGGAGAUAGAUAAACUCGACAGUACAUAUAGUUAUUAUUAGUGUGAGUAUUUGAGAUGGAAAACAAAGGGAGUGUAUUGAUGCAAAGAUACGAACUCGGCCGACUACUGGGGCAAGGCACCUUUGCAAAAGUUUAUUAUGCAAGAAACCUGAAAUCAGGCCAAAGGGUGGCCAUUAAGGUGGUGGAUAAAGAGAAGGUCCUAAAGGUGGGAUUGAUCGAGCAAAUAAAAAGGGAGAUAUCAGUGAUGAGGCUUGUCAGGCACCCCAAUAUUGUCCAACUCUAUGAGGUAAUGGCGAGCAAAUCGAAGAUCUACUUUGCCAUGGAAUAUGUGAAAGGUGGCGAGCUCUUUAACAAGGUGGCUAAAGGGAAGCUUAUAGAGGACAUGGCUCGAAAGUAUUUUCAACAACUUAUCAGUGCUGUGGAUUUCUGUCACAGUAGGGGUGUUUACCACAGGGACCUUAAGCCUGAGAACCUCCUCUUGGAUGAAAGUGGUAAUUUGAAGGUCUCAGACUUUGGGUUGAGCGCUCUAGCUGAAUCCAAGAGGCAAGAUGGGCUUCUUCACACUACAUGUGGUACCCCCGCGUAUGUGGCCCCUGAAGUCAUAAACAAGAAGGGGUAUGAUGGCGCAAAGGCCGACAUAUGGUCUUGUGGGGUGAUUUUGUUUGUGUUAUUGGCUGGCUAUCUCCCUUUUCAUGACCCCAACUUGAUGGAGAUGUAUAGGAAGAUAAGCAAGGCUGAAUUCAAGUGCCCCUAUUGGUUCCCUUCUGAGGUUCGAAAGCUGUUAUCGAAAAUCUUAGACCCGAACCCUAACACCCGAAUUUCUAUAUCAAAAAUCAUGGAAAACCCAUGGUUUAGGAAAGGGUUCAAACCUAUAGAGGCCCCACAAGAAGAGGAGGAAUUGAACACCAAGGAUAUUGAUUUGGCUUUUCGGUCAUCCGAGAAUAAUAGCAAUAAUGUGAUUGAGAAAAAGACAGAUCUACUGCCAGCUGUAAAGCCGGCUUACCUGAAUGCAUUCGAUAUCAUCUCGUUCUCGGCUGGGUUUGAUUUGUCAGGUCUCUUCAAUGAGGGCAACAACGUGAAAAAGGAAGAGAGGUUCACUUCAAAGAAACCCUUUUCUGCUAUUGUGUCGAAGCUCGAAGAGAUUGCCAAGAAAGUGAGGUUCAGGGUGAAGAAGAAGGAUUGGGUUGUGAGGCUUCAAGGGUCAAAGGAAGGAAGAAAAGGGGUAUUGUCAGUAGAUGCAGAGAUUUUCGAGGUCACACCAUCUUUUUAUGUCGUUGAGGUGAAGAAAUCGAGUGGCGACACUUUGGAGUACCAAACGUUUUGCAAGAAAGAGCUAAGGCCGGCGCUAAAAGACAUUGUUUGGACGUGGCAAGGGGAUCAGCCAGAGCCAAAGCCAGAGCCAGAGCCUGAGCCUGAGCCUGAGCCAGAGCCACAGUUGUGAGGAUUUGGGGGUUAUUUGGUAUUUUUGAACGGCCACCAUCUUUUCAGGGGUAGGGGUACUUUGGUAAAUUUUGGAUGUGGUGGGUGUCGGUCCCUGAGGUAUGGUGCCUAGUUCUUGCUUAUUUACUUGAAAUUCUUGUUUUAAAUUAAAAUUUCUCUCUUAUGUGUUGAUAUAUUUGUUGCUUGUUGGACUAUGCUAUAUACUUGGUAACUUCCCUAUGUUGUGUGAUACUGAACUGUGUUGUCUAUAACCAAAUAUGCACAGCUUUCAUGGAAAGCUUUUUUAUUAACGUUCAUAGUUUCAUCUUUGUAACAAUUGUACAUUAUUAGAGGGAGGUUUGGGCAUUUACAUCUC